AUGGCGGAAUCCUGGAAAGGCGCUUCCAAUGACAACAAGGAUAAGAUUCAGAAUCUGAUAGCUGCGAGGAAGUCACUGAAGCUGAGCUUGGAGAAGUCCAAAUCGCUGGGGCUUGCCCUAGGUAAAGCUGGGCCUAGACUGGACGAGAUUAAUCAACGGCUGCCUUCUCUGGAAGCUUCGGUGCGCCCCAUCCGUGCAGACAAAGACGCCCUUGUUGCAGUUGGAGGUCACAUUAACCGUGCUGUGGGUCCUGCUGCUGCGGUGCUCAAGGUGUUUGAUGCGGUUCACGGGCUUGAAAAAUCGCUGCUUUCGGAUCCUCGGCAUGAUCUCCCUGGUUAUUUGUCUGUGCUCAAGCGCCUGGAGGAGGCAUUGAAGUUUCUCGGGGAGAAUUGUGGAUUGGCAGUUCAGUGGUUGGAGGAUAUAGUGGAGUAUUUGGAGGAUAAUUCGGUUGCGGAUGAGAAGUACCUGUCGAAUUUGAAGAAGUGUCUAAGGGAACUGCAGAACGAUGAUGAAAGGUCCCGUCUUGAUGGCGGGCUGCUGGAUGCUGCCUUGGAUAAGUUGGAAGGAGAGUUCAGGCGGCUGUUGGCAGAACACAGUGUGCCACUAGAAAUGUCAUCUUCAUCUGCUGACGAACAGGCGGCGGCCAUUGCACCCUCGCAAUUGCCUGUGGCGGUAAUUCAGAAGUUGCAGGCCAUUCUUGGUAGGCUUAUUGCAAAUAACAGACUUGAGAAAUGCAUUUCGAUAUAUGUUGAAGUCCGUAGUUCAAAUGUUAGGUCUAGCUUGCAGGCGCUCAAUUUGGACUACCUUGAAAUUUCGAUCGCUGAGUUCAAUGAUGUGCAGAGCAUUGAGGGUUAUAUUGCCCAGUGGGGCAAGCAUUUAGAGUUUGCUGUCAAGCAUUUGUUUGAAGCGGAGUACAAGCUUUGUAAUGAUGUCUUUGAGAGGAUAGGAUUGGAUGUGUGGAUGGGUUGCUUUGCUAAAAUAGCUGCUCAGGCUGGCAUUCUAGCAUUUCUACAAUUUGGGAAGACUGUUACAGAGAGUAAAAAUGAUCCUAUCAAGCUUCUCAAGUUACUGGACAUAUUUGCAUCUCUUAACAAAUUAAGAUUGGAUUUCAAUCGGCUCUUUGGUGGGGCAGCUUGUGCUGAGAUCCAAAAUCUAACGAGGGAUCUCAUAAAGAGCGUUAUUGAUGGAGCGGCUGAGAUUUUCUGGGAGCUUCUGGUUCAGGUGGAAUUACAAAGGAAGAUUCCACCUCCAGCUGAUGGAGGUGUUCCCAGACCAGUGACCUUUGUUACCGAGUACUGUAACAAGCUUCUUGGGGAUGACUACAAGCCUAUACUGACGCAUGUUCUGCAUAUUCACCGAAGUUGGAAGCACGAGAAGUUCCAGGAUAAGCUUCUUGUUAAGGAAAUGUUGAGCAUAAUUAAGGCCAUCGAGCUCAAUUUGGAAACGUGGAUGAAAUCUUAUGAAGACAACACCCUAUCCAAUUUUUUUGCCAUGAAUAACCAUUACCACUUGUACAAGCAUUUGAAGGGGACAAAACUAGGGGAAAUACUGGGAGAUUCUUGGUUGAGAGAACACGAACAGUACAAGGACUACUAUGCUGCAAUCUUCUUGAGAGACAGUUGGGGUAAGCUUCCUAGUCAUUUGAGCCGGGAAGGUUUGAUUCUCUUCUCUGGUGGGCGUGCCACUGCCCGGGACCUUGUGAAGAAAAGGCUAAAGACUUUCAAUGAAGCUUUUGAUGAGAUGUAUAACAAGCAGUCGAACUGGGUUGUGCCAGAUAGAGACCUAAGAGAGAAGACAAGCCAGCUGAUCGUUCAGUCUGUUGUGCCUGUUUACAGAAGCUAUAUGCAGAACUAUGGGCCUUUAGUUGAGCAGGAAGGAAAUUCCUCCAGUAAGUAUGCAAAAUACUCGGUCCAGUCUUUGGAGCAAAUGCUUAGCUCAUUGUUUCUGCCUAAACCUGGGAGGUAUGGAAGCUUUAAAGUUAAUAGGAGGGUCAGCGCGGCGGCGGCUUACUCCCUCUCCCAGCCGGAGACCCAGCGGUUACUUCUGAAGCAUAGGGUUUCGUCCGUUGAGGAGGGAGAAGAAGACGAGGAUGGGUUAGUGGGUUCGAUCUCGAUCUCCAACCGCAGUCGAUUCGGCCUUCCGAUGGCUGGAUCUGGAAAAUCGCUCGAAGAUUCUUCCGAUAGCUCGUCUUCAUCCGUCGGCGCUCCCGACGACAGCGACGAGGAAGAGGAAGACGACGGAGGGAGCAAUAGCAGCAGCGGCGCCUCGUCGUCUAUGAAGAAAGGCCUCGGCUCCCUCGGCUCCAUGGACGCCCUGGAGGACUCUCUCCCCACAAAGAAGGGAUUGUCGAAUUACUUCGCCGGGAAAUCGAAAUCGUUCGCGAGCUUGUCCGAUGCGUGCUUGGCGGUGAGCCAAGCGAAGGAUCUGGAGAAGCCGGAGCACCCGUUCAACAAGCGGAGGAGAAUUCUGAUGGCGAACAAGUGGUCGAGGAGAUCGUCGUUCUACAGCUGGCAUAACCCUAAAUCCAUGCCGCUGCUCACCUUGAACGAAGACGACGACGACGAAAAUAAGGAUGAAGAGGAUGGGAGACGAGCGCAGAGGAAACUGCUGCAGGAGAGGAGAUUCAACAACAGCUUCAAGUCCCAUAGCUGCUUCUCGCUUACAGAUCUGCAAGAGCAGCAACGGCGGCAGCGAGAGAUCAUCAAUCUGCCGCCUCGGCGGUGA